GUCUCUGAUCCAUCAGGUUUUAAAGGAAAAUGAUCGUUAAUCCAUGGGUGAAAAGUGUCGUUCUUUUAGCAUUGAUGAUCUAUCGCAGCACGCUGAGCGAAAGAACAUGCAAAAGUGAUCGUCCUCAGCAAGUAGUAUUCAGCCAAAGAGUACAGGACUACAUUCUGUCAGGUCCCGUAGUCACGACAGAACUAGUUGCUAGUGAUCAAGAGUGCCAGAUGCGAUGUAUUUUGAGUUUUAAGUGUGAUGUUUACAACUUGGGUCCUCUGGAUGAUUCUUUUCGUCGAUCCUGUCAGAUCUUGAGAUAUGACCUCAAGAGUUACAUUGUUAAGCGCCAAAAGGGCUGGAGCUUCCGGGCGAGAAAGUGCACUUGUUCUCCUUGUUUGAAUGAUGGUAUUUGUUUCUCUAUUGAUGAAGCCAACACACCGCGUUGUGCUUGCACGAGUAACUGGAGAGGUCCUAUAUGCGCUGAAACAAUCGGUUGCAGAAAUGACUGGAAAAACUACAGUAUAUUUUGCUACAAAAUGUUCAAAACGAAAAAAGUGACAUUUUUCGAGGCUAAUUCCAGCUGUAUAAACGAAGAUGCUGAACUGAUUUCAAUUGAGGACUUUGAAGAAUUAGGUUUUCUUGACGAGCUCUUAAGGCAGGAGGGUGUCGAAAAGAUAUACGUGGGUAUGACUGACAUUGCAGAAGAAGAUCGAUGGGUGUGGAUGGAUGGUAGUCCUGUCACUUUGGAUCUGUGGCACGGAAAUCACCCGAAUGGUGAUACAAAGGAAAAUUGUGGGGAGUAUGUAGAGAAUCAUGGCUUCCAUGACAAAAAAUGUGAAAAAGAUAAGAGAUAUUACGUUUGUAAAUACUCGUUGUAUCACCUGUAAAUUUCCAAAGUUCCGGAUGAACACCCCAGCCAAAGAUGUGUCUGAUUAAAUAUCGGAUAAAGUUAAGCAAUUUGAUAUGCUCAGUCGUUUGUCCACAUCAAAAACGAGGCAGACCAGGUUUAUCAAAGGAACGUAUUCCCAGCAUUUGAGCCCGGCCGAUCUAUGGGUGCCCCUUUCAGGAAAGCAAGUUAAAAACAAAUCAGGCUUCCCUGAUUUGGCUCUCCAUUUAGGCUGUUACGGCUGAAGAGAGGCACUGAGAAACUUUACUAUUUUGUCCAAGAACUGAUUAACUCCACAAAAUCACUUUCACGCCCAUGAUUACCACGCUUUUCAUGUUUUCUUCAAAAUCCCGGAUGGGUUUUAUCCACCUUAGGAACACUGGAAAAAUGCGUUCUAUUGUAAAAUGGAAUCAAUUGAAAGAAUUGAUCAGACUGUAGUUUUCAUGUUACCUUUCUACCGUUUUAACUUAUGGAUACGCGAAGUGUUGAAAUAAGUUUUUAAUGGUGACUCUGAUAUG